AUGUCUGCAGUUUUAGCAGUAGUACGAGCUGUUGAAAUGGCUUUUGCCACUUUAUUUAGUGAAGCUUACAAAUAUUCUCUAGAUGUUGACACCAUUAAGAAGGGUUUUGAAGAACGUUGUGAGGUGCAUUGGAACGCCGACUGCAGCACCAUGACAGCAAAUAUGUAUAGAGUUGGAGAUUACGUGUAUUUCGAAACGUCGUCGACAUCACCGUACCAGAUAAGGAGAAUUGAAGAGUUGAACAAGACUCCGAACGGAAAUGUGGAAGCUAAGGUCAUGUGUUUCUUCAGAAGGCGUGAUUUGCCGAACACUCUCAUCAUGUUGGCCGACAAGCAUCAAAGUGCCUUAGAAGAAGAGUGUGAUAGCAGGGAAAAAGACCAGUCUCUAAAUGGUAAACAACGCCAUCAACUGAAACAUAGAGAGCUGUUCCUGUCACGACAAGUGGAAACGCUACCUGCCACACAUAUUCGGGGCAAAUGUUCUGUAACAUUACUUAAUGAGACAGAAUCCCUCCUUAGUUAUUUAAAUAAAGAUGACACCUUUUUUUAUUGUCUGGUUUUUGACCCUACUCACAAAACUCUUUUAGCGGACAAAGGUGAAAUCAGAGUGGGCAGUAGGUACCAGGCAGAACCCACACCACUUCUUCGAGAAGAUGAGAAAGAUGAGCGAAAUAUUGAAGAACUUGAAACACUUGUGUGGACACCAAACCAUCAUUUAACAGAUCGACAGAUAGAUCAAUUUCUAGUUAUUUCGAGAUCAGUUGGUACCUUUGCUAGAGCUUUAGAUUGUUCAAGUUCUGUCAAACAGCCAAGUUUACAUAUGAGUGCAGCAGCAGCAUCAAGAGACAUUACCCUUUUUCAUGCAAUGGACACGCUUCACAAGCACACAUAUAACAUGGCUGAAGCUAUUAGCUCACUUGUUCCUUCCACUGGUCCAGUCUUGUGUAGAGACGAAAUGGAAGAGUGGUCAGCCUCUGAGGCUAAUCUUUUUGAAGAAGCUUUAGAAAAAUAUGGCAAAGACUUCAAUGAUAUUCGACAGGAUUUUUUACCUUGGAAAACAUUGAAGAAUAUCAUAGAAUAUUACUACAUGUGGAAAACAACAGACCGUUACGUACAACAAAAAAGAGUGAAGGCUGUUGAAGCAGAAUCAAAACUAAAACAAGUGUACAUUCCUAAUUAUAAUAAACCCAAUCCUGCUGUAAUAAAUAACAACAAAGGUGUUGUAAAUGGCAAUAGUAAUGGUGACGUUCCCAUAGGAGGAAAGGCAUGUGAAUCGUGCAAUGUUACAAUCUCAUCUCAGUGGUAUGCAUGGGGCCCAUCUCAUAUGCAAUGCAAACUUUGCCACAAUUGCUGGUUAUACUGGAAAAAAUAUGGUGGUUUGAAGGCUCCUUCCAGAAUAGGUGAAACAGAGUCGGAUAACAAGAAAAAAUCUGGCAGCAUCUCAGAUGAUGAGAGAGUGCCUCCAAGUAUGACAUCGCAUAGACCACAUCGAUGUAGUUUAGUCAAUUGUGGCAAGGAGUUCAAAUUGAAAGCUCACUUGGCACGACAUUAUGCCACAGCUCAUGGUUUAGCUAUUAGAUCCGGUUCUCCGAGGCCAAUAAUGAAGACCCGAUCAGCGUUUUAUCUUUGUACAACACCCUUGACCCGUAUAUCAAGACGUCUUUGUAGAAAUCUUAUACAACCUCGACACGCAGCUAGGUCUCCAUUUUGGCCAAUUAACAUCCCUUCAGUGAAACAAGAAUGUCAGUUACACAUGACUGGAAAAUCAGUAACGGAUCUUAAAGAAUUAUUGAGGUAUCGUAAAAAAGAUCGUGGCAGUGUAACACGAAUUGCAAAUAGAUUGGGACAGCCAAAUUUGGUAACACCGGAUUGGUUGGUUUUAACUGCCAAGGAUUUGCUACCCAAACCAGAUCAUGUUUCAUUUCCAAAACCUCCCAAAGCUCCAGAUGGGACAUUAUUGUAUGAGAGAGUACCCAAUAAACCUGAAGCUGAAAAAGGGACAGUAAAUAAUGUUUCUCCUUCAUUGCUCAAACGCAGAGCAUACGAAGAAGUAAAUGGAAUGGAUGGGCUGGUUGUUCCACAACCUGGACCUCCUGCCAAACGACCCAACAAAGAAGUUGGACCUGUACGAGGAUUGGAGGGAUUUCCAUCGAUGAUGGGUCGAUCAGUUAUCAAUCAUUUAAAUGGGAAAACGAAGAUUGCCACUAUGACUCGUUCUGGCAGUGGAAGAAAACAAGUGAUCUCGUGGAUGGAUGCACCCGAUGAUGUGUAUUUUCGUUCAACCGAAGGAACCAAGAAAAUGAGAAGGCAGUUGACGGGAACGGAGCUUCGUCGAGCUGCCAGGAAACCGUGGCGAAAACUUAAUGUUAAGGGAAUGGAUGAAUUAGUGGUGAUAUUGGACUGACAUAGUGACUCAAGCAUGUGCCAGUGAGAUGAGAUACUCACAAAAAACAAAUAUUGAACUUCCUAUUUUGGAAGUGGAAAAUUUCGUCUCUCAUAGUGAAGAAACAAAAGUCACAGGAAAUUUGGCAUGCUGGACAAUUGUGAUAAGUACUGCCAAACCUGUGAAUUCUAAGUGACUGAGCUAAAUUGAAGAGACAAACUGAAUCAUGAAGGCAAUAACUUGAUGUGCUAUAUAUAGUAGAUACUCUGCAGCAAGUUUUUUAACUUCUGCACAAACGAUCCUGUUCCCCUUUCCCAAGAAUCGUUUUAUGAAGACUGUGAAUUUUGAUGACACUUAUCCUGAAGGUUGUACAAUUUGAUUUCAUUUCAACUGGAUAUGUGGAUCUACAUUACAGCAUGGGGACUGAUAAAAGUAUUUUCGUGAUUUUCCUCCCAUUGUUUCCCAGUUGCUGAGAGAUUCAUAUAUUUUAUUGGCCAAACAAAUAAUCGCAGUAAUGAAUGUUCUAUCUCUCAAUUCAUUCCUUUAAUUUCAAAGAAUAAUUGGAAAGCGAGCUUGCUACCAGUGUGAAACCAGAGGUGGGCAGAAGAAAUGGUGUUCUGAUGUGAUACAACUUGAGAAGACAGCACUCUACGUUUUGCUCAUGAUGCACAUUUUUUGCAGCACAAAUUAAAUACGUAAUUUUUCUUCCAACAACUUAUACAUCUGGUUUGGAUUGGUGCUCACUUAAACAAACUACGGCAGUUGCCAGAUUUGUGCCAGUGUUGCCAAAUGGAAUUGUUUUUGUUAAGUUGUAACAUCAUGCUGUAAUCAGCAUUCCUGAAAUACGAAGAUUUGUCUGAAUAUUGCUUGAAAUUGUUCAAGUGUUUCUCUGUGAACUUGCCUGCUCGUGUGUAGAUAGGAUGGGGUUUGGUCUUUAGUGGGUUCAAACCUGAACAUUUGUGAGACUUGGAGGAACUGAGAAUUGUGAAGUCUGUUGUACUGAAGGACAUCAGUUUUUAUCUGUUUGGAAUGACACUGAAGUCUACAUAGGUGCGAAGUGUUUCUUUUCCAUCUUUGUUUCACUUAACUACAUAAUUCACCAAAUGAACACAAUGCUACACGACGUGAACAAGACACAGCACAUUUUCACUCUGCUGUGCUUUCUCAGUCAUAAGUUAUCUUCCAAAUGUUGACAGUCUUUACACUUACAAUGCAGAUUUGCACGAGUGAUGCUAUAAUGGGGUAUAGUACUAAAACUCCAACUCAAUACGUAAAAAAUUUUUCAAAAGCUAUUACGAUAUUCGAGUUUCUGUUUUCUUGUUAAAUAAAGUCCUGUAGAUUGAACAAUGUUUCACGUUUUGGGAACUGUUUCUUAAAAUUAAAAUUGAAGGAACCAUGUUAGAAACAGAAGAACAAAAACUUUGUUUUCAAGUAUUGUUAUUUCAUAUUUGACUUUAGUCUGCGAUAGAUAUUUUCUUUUCAAGUUAUUAAAUCAUACUCAAAUGUAUGAUUGGAUCAAAAUGUUACCUAUUUUACUUGGCUUGUUAGUUUGUAUAAUUACAAGUUGAAGUUUGGACAAAUGCCAAGUCACAUUUGUCAUCACUUGUACCAAUAAUUUCUCUGUAAGAUUGUGAGAACAGCACAAUUGGCCAGUGGUGUGUGCUCUCUUUGAGCAGAGUACCUAGAGCUGGCUGUGCCAGUAUGGUACAUGCUCAUUUCUAAAUGCAAUCCCUCAAACUAAUCUGUUCCAUGCCUUGCAGAAGGUUUGGUUACAGACACGAAAAAUAAAUGAGAUCUGUGUUAACGUAUCCUGUGUAUCUCAGUAUGCCAGACAUUAAAUUAUUUUGCCCUUAUCUGUAAUCCAGUCACUUUACCCAUCCUGGCAUCACUGCUACUUAGCUGUCAAUACAUACUGGGUCCAUUAUUUUGUACUAAGCUCUAUCUGUCCAUUGCAUCAAAGGUUUUGUUUACAUCAGGCCUGAUGUUUUUCAUGGUACUGUGUACUUAUAUUACUGAAAAAUAGAAAUCGCAAUUUAUAAGUAAUUAUCUCAUUCCCAUAUCUUCAUAAUGUUAAAAGGUGUUUUUCUUUUUGCUCACCCAAUUUUUCAUUGUCAUGUUUUAUAUUGUACAAAGUGGUCUAAAUCAAAAUGUUUCUGAAAUGACUGACAUUAAACAUGGAAAGACAUUUGAAUAAUUAUAUUGCUGGUUAUUACUGCCCCUGUGAUAUUAUAUUCCAUGUUGUGGCACAUGGAAUUCAUAUAGCUUGAUGUGGCAGGUUGGCUUGUUUGCUGUACCAGAAAAACGUGGAUUCUUGUGAAAAGUUGAUGUAUGUUGCCCUCUAAUAUUCUGUUGUGGAAUAAGGCACUUUUAAUUUUGAAUUCAGGUAAAUGCUUUGUUUACUCUUGUGCAUACAGUUUCUUAUAAAAUAUUUCACCACAUUAGAGCAAAGCAGAAUUCAGCCGUGCCACAACAGUUGUUCUGCAUACUGACUCUUCAUGAAAAGACUUACUGGUGUUACAAGUAUUGACAAAGUGCAUAACAUUUGCAACAGGGAAAAAAAUUUACCCUGCCCCAUGUAGGUUUUAAAAAAAUUAAUGAUUGUGAGAGUUGUUAUUGGUAUCUUCAAACAAGAUAAGUGUGAAAUAUUCCAUACUACUUGCAACUUAUGUUUAUUAUUUUGGAUUGUUAGGAAUAAAAGUUGGGAUGCAGAUUUUUAUUUAUGAAUGUAAAAUACAGAAUCUAUUGAUUCUAUUCCAUUAUAUAUAUUCAUUCAUUCGUCAGACUUCUACUUUGCAAACAUUUUCUGAUGAAUGUAUGGAAUAUUUAAACACAAUUAAAUUAUGUAAAAUUUGUAUUGAUUCUCAGUGUCAAUUGCAAUAACAAGUUCUGGUUACAUAAAUCUAUUCUUACACAGCAAAUUUCAGUAGAGAGGGCAAUCGUAGCUACACAAGUGGUUUCAAGUGUGAUUAUCAUGAUUUGAUGGGAGAAGAGGAUGUUCAGAUAUGCUGCUAGUCGUCUUGUUUUGUUAUUGCUGUCAACAGAGGUGCAUGAAUAUUUUUUUUUAUUUUUAUUUUUUUUUUCACAUUCCAUCACCUAUUGUAUUGUAAAGGAAUUGAUACUUUUUUGAAAAUGCAUGCAUUUUUAUAACAGUUACGGCAAUGUGUGACAUUAUUAUCUUAUGAAUGUUGAAAAUUAAUUGCCUUUCCAAAUAUUUUGACAAUGCCCUUUUCCUAUUAUAUGCAUCUAGGCACAAUCUUUGUUUACAGAGCCUUUUCCCUCUGCAUUUACGUAAAAUAUGAGUUUGCUGAUAACAUAGAAACAUGUGAACGUUUCUAAAAUACUUAAUCUAUGGAUCAAAUUGUCAGAUUCAACUGAAGUACAUUUUUAUAAAUGUUUCAUAUUCUUGUGAAUAUCAUAUAACUAGUUUUGGGAAAUAUUUAAAAGUUUGCAUUCUACUUGUUGCAAAUACUUCUCAGAAUCUAAUACAUCAAAAUGUAAAUGCAAACUAAAGGGCAAUCCUUUCAUCCUCUUUAUUGCAAUCCUACAUUUUGUUUCCUUUGCCUCCAGUUGCAGAAUAAUGAAAACUGAAAUACAAUUUAGCUUUGCAAAACCAGAAACGGGUACAAUUACAGUGUAAUUAAUGUUUACUAAUAUAACAAUUUUACUGUGAAAAAUUGUACGUUCAGAAGCUCUGGUAUACAGAGAUACUAUUCCGUUAAUACAGGUGUCUACAUGUUCUUUCAUAUCUUGAGCAAUUUUUAAUUUUGCUUUUUGUUCUUUUUCUCCCUCCUUUUUCCCAAUUGGUGAAUAAGGAGAACUUGCAAUGUUACCAAAGGGGUCUGAUGACUGGAAUAAUAUUCACUAGUCUUCCAGAAGAAUGGAAUAGUUACUUUGAAUGGAAUAGUAAGUGACAAAAUGUUGUACUGUGAAAAGUAAGAAUUUAUGCCGAUUUCUUGAUUUUAUUGUGCACAGUUUAUUACAGCAUUAGUUUCUAAUAUUGAUUAAUGUGAGCUAUUUUGGAGUGUGCUCCUUGGUUUUGGACUUUGUUCAACUGAAUUGUGGUUUGAACGUUUUAUUUAUCAUAUUUUUGUACAUUAUAGAAAUUACUUUGGCUGGGAAGAGUAAGUUGUUUGAAUUUGGCUGAUAUAUGUUCACAAAAGUCUGAAUAAUUCAAAUCAUGAUGUAAAUAUUUUUGUUGUGAAGGAGAAAUAUUCAGUAUACUAUAGGAAACAAACACAACAAAGUUACAAACAAUUUCAUCCAUUAGCAAAUGUGUUAUUGCACAUCGUGUCUUUACAAUGAAACUUUAGUCUUCCAAAUCAUUCUUUUAAAAUGCAUUCUGUAUAAUUUGAACAAUAAAUAAUUUAAUAUCCUGGAAGUACAAGAGAGGUGAUGUGCCUUUUUUGUUCUGGAAACUGAACUUUAAGGAAUUUUCAUUAUGAAUUUGCAAUUAAAAAAUCCUAAAAUGACAGGAAUUUUUGUGCAUUAAGUAAAGAGAAUAGCAAGGGGUAGACCUUGUGAAUAGGGGUCAUUUUAACUUUAUUUUGGAGGAAAAGAAUCAGAAAAUUUAGUGUUUACAUCCCAUUUUGUUUCUGUAUUUAUUACUUUUCAUCCAUUUGUAAUUUAAUAUGUUAAUUUCACCUGUAGAGUCAAAUCUAGUCAUACUGCUGGUUCAUUGUGAUGAUCUAAAUUAAAAAUGAAAAUUUUAGUAGUGGAUAGUACUAAAUUUCAAAAAAAGUGAAGGGCAGGAAACUUGAGUAACUUAGUUACUGUCUAUAUACUUGCUCAUUGAACCAAAAGAUUUUAAUGGUUGUCUUUAUGAAAAAAUAUUUUAAAUUUGGAAAUAAGUUGCUGGAAAAUGCACUGGAAAGGAUUACAUUUAAUUUUACCUUGAAAUUUAAAUGCUUAUAUCGUAUUUUUAUUUUCCUUCUAUGAACUAUCACUUGUAGGGUCAUCCAAAGCUUGGAUACUGAUUAUACUGUAAGUACACACUUGUUUAGUAAUCAGGAAUUACUGGAAUAUUUCCAUUAUAAAUAGUUUAAAUUGUAAGAGUACUUGAACUCUUUGAAGAAUAGUGAGGAGAGCCCCCUGUAUGGAAAAUCAAAAAAAU